AUGUCUGAAGUUCAUGGAGAUUCAGAGCUCGUUCCAUCGGGCCCUGAUCUAGAUUAUCCGCUUGCUCUGGCUCCGAGACAAGUAACUUUGAGAGAUCGGGUGACGGUUGCGACCCUGGUCCCUUUUGCAUCAGCAGAGGAAGUACCUCGAGCCCUGAUGAAGUAUCUCUCUGAUCAAUUCAACAAAGAAAUCGAAAAGGGAGAUACAUAUGCUAUGACAGAGCCCAUUCCACUGGCUCAGUUCGGGCGAUAUUGGUUUUCGAACUUUGGUGUGGUCAUGCUUACUGGCGACAUCGAGAGUGCAGAGCAGACACAUACGAUGGACCGUGCUGGAGCCAACUGGACCAAGAUCUGUCUAGGUGGCUUUCACAUUCGGCCUAAUUACCCUGGUCGGAGUAGUCAUGUCUGCAAUGGCACGUUCAUUGUCACCGAUGCUGCUCGAAACAAGGGCGUGGGUAGAUUGAUGGGCGAAUCUUAUCUGGAGUGGGCACCUCGAUUAGGAUAUACAUAUGCAGUCUUCAAUUUGGUAUAUGAGUCCAACGUUGCAUCAUGUCGCCUGUGGGAUUCCCUUGGCUUCAAACGGAUUGGCCGAGUCCCCGGUGGAGGCAGUAUCAAAUCCCAACCCGGAGAGUUUGUCGAUGCAAUUAUCUACGGCAGAGGCCUCAGUUUGGAUGGCGAGGACUCUGUGUCCCAGGAUCGCUUUGAGAAGAUCCGUUAUUAUUUGAAGCACGGGAAGUACCCCCGUGGUGCUGAUCGCGCCGAGAAGAGUCGACUUCGCAGCGCGGCGACUCAUUAUAAACUUCUUGGCGGAGAGGAUGGGGAGCCCGAAAGGCUAAUGCUGAAGGAUAAAGAGGUGGUGUCGGAUCCGCAGCAGCAGUACGAUAUCGCCCAAGAAGUUCAUCUCAAGCAACAUGCCGGAAUCAACAAAACUACAGCAGCUAUUGCGAUCAAAUACCAUUGGGUACGAAUCAAAGAGACUGUGAAUCGCGUGAUUCGUGACUGCCCAAAAUGCAAAGAGACUCUCAAGGCGCCCCCAAUACCAGGGACUAAAGAUGAUGAUAAAUCGCCCUCGGAAACAACUGGCAUGGAUAUGAAUGGCACAAUGGAGCAACCCCCGAAGGAACCGGCCAAUGACCCGCAGGCAAUGGACGAAGCGCCCGAUGAGCCGCCCAGUUACAACCCUCUUAUGCACCAACCCAUUCCUGCAGCCAUGCCCGGCACAGUCCAUCCCAUGGCUGGGUUUGCACCCAUGCCUCUCGAUCCUCAGAUCAUGCAAUUACACCAACAGCUACGACGCUACCAACAACAGAACCCCAUGGCGGGCCACUUCGCCCCAGGGCCGCACAAUCUCGGCAUGUCAAGCUUUGACGAUGCAAUGCGCUACCAUACAGCCAGCAAUGCCUAUCAAAUGAUGGUAGAUGACGGCUCGGAUCCCUUUCGACAAGACGUGCUUGGACUUGUGAACCCACCCCCGCACGAGUUACAGCAUGAUGCUGAGCUACUCGCUAAGUUCGAGUAUGGAAGUCCCUCAGACGGGAAUUAUGACUUUACGUGA